AUGGCUCUGGCUGAUCCUACCUCUAGACCAGCCGUUGCGCGUAGCUCCACCACCCUCCCGUGCCCUGUGGUCCCCUCUGGUGUCCUGCGCGGCCUCCACAUCCCCUCAUUCACUUGGAACUUGGUGGGUGUUGGAUACCUCCAGGACAAGGGGAUCACGGUUACCUUUGUGGGGGGGGGGCGGACUGCAGUCUGUACUGACGCUACCACAGGUGCUGUUCUGGCAACGUUCACCAGGGAGCCCCGCUCCGGUCUCUACGUUCUCCACACCGAGCGCUCCCCGGUCGCGUCCUCCCCUCAGGUUGUUGCGUCCCCUCCGGCCCAGGGACUAGUCACAGGUCUCCCACGCACCUUCCCGUCGCUCCCUCUCUCGCUUGCCCCUCCUUGCUCUCCGUGCGUCGCCGGUCGCUUACGCGCCACUCCCCACUCCUCCUCCCUUCGUCCGGCCACCGCUCCCUUCGAGACUCUCCACUUGGACGUCUGGGGCCCUGCCCCGACGCAGGGGUCUGGGAGGGAGCGUUACUUUCUGGUGGUCGUCGACGACUUCUCCAGGUACACCACAGUGUUCCCUCUUGCGAAGAAGUCCGAGGUGACUGCUACGCUGAUCAGGUGGCUUCUAGCCACUGAGGGCACUCGUGGUCGUCGAGUCAGUUGUCUUCACUCCGACCGUGGGGGCGAGUUUCGCUCCGGCAUUCUCGGCGGAUUCUGCGGCGAACAGGGCAUCACCCAGUCCUGGACGCUGCCAGAGUCCCCACAGCAGAAUGGGGUUGCUGAGCGCCGCAUAGGCUUGGUCAUGGACAUCGCCCGCACGUCCAUGAUUCAUGCCCGUGCGCCCCAUUUUCUGUGGCCCCACGCGGUUCGCUACGCCGCACACCAGCUGAACCUCCAGCCGCGUGUCUCGCGGCCCGAGGCUUCACCGACCAGUCUUUGGACUGGAUCCCCUGGUGUUGAGUCGGCCUUUCGAGUCUGGGGCUGCCUUGCGCUUGUUCGCGACACCUCCGCGGACAAGCUCUCGGCACGCGCCGUCCCCUGUGUCUUCCUCGGUUUCCCAGUGGACUCUGCUGACUGGUCCUUUUACCACCCUCCCCUCCACCAGUUCCUAGACUCCCGUGACGUCCGGUUUGACGAGUCCGUGUCCUACUACACCCGGUACCCCUGUCGAGGUCUCCCGGUACCCCCUCCCCCUCUCUUCCUCGCACCCUCUCCUCCUCCUGCUCCCGCUCCUCCGGUACCCCCGCCCCCCCCUGGUCCUGCCCCGUCUGGUGUGUCCCACGCUACCCCUCUACCCUCGGUCGCGCGUCAGGUAGCGUCUCCCUCCCCGCAGUCCUCCUCACAGUCCCCUCAGCAGCCUUCGGCACUUCCGCGACAGGUUACUGUGGACUCGGUUGGUGUUGGAGCUGGAGGUGCAGCCGCUGGCAGUGCUCGGUCUGGGGGUGCUCGGUCGCGGGGUACUGGAGCUGGAGGUGCUGGCGCAGGUGACGCUAGCUCUGGGGGUGCUGGAGCUGGAGGUGCUGGCGCAGGUGGCGCUAGCUCUGGGGGUGCUGGAGCAGGAGGUGCCGGCACUGGAGGUGCUGGUUCUGGGGGUGCUGGAGUUGGGGGUGCUGGCACUGGCGGUGCUAGUUCUGGGGGUGCUGGAGUUGGAGGUCCUGGCACUGGCGGUACUGGUUCUGGGGGUGCUGAGUCUGAGGAGACUGACGCUGGAGACCCUGGUUCUGCGGAGUCCACUCCGCCUCCCCACCGCCACGACACGCGUCUCCAGGCUGCCCGUCGGCGUGAGCGUGAGGAGCAGGAGCGGUUGGAGAGGGAGCGGCAGGAGCUGCGGGUGCUGGACGUUCUGGAUCAGCAGCGGCAGCAGCAGCAGCAGCAGCAGCAGCCGCAGCCGCAGCCGCAGCAGCAGCAGCCGCAGCCGCCACCGCAGCUUCCUCUGGAGCGGCGCCCUCCCCACCCCUUUCUUUGA